AUGAGAGGUAAGCAUCUUUCUUUAUUAGUUCUCAUUGUCUUGGCCUCCAAUGAAGUUCUUGCCAGGCACAAGUCUUCAACACCUAGAUUAAGAAGAGGUGAUUUCCCAAAAGAUUUCAUUUUUGGGUCUGCAACUUCUGCUUACCAAAUCGAAGGAGGGGCUCGUGAAGAUGGUAGAGGACCAAGUAUUUGGGAUACAUUCUCUGAAAAAUACCCAGAGAAGAUAAAAGAUGGUAGUAAUGGAUCUGUUGCAGAUGAUUCUUACCAUCUUUACAAAGAAGAUGUGGCUUUAUUGCAUCAAAUUGGUUUCAAUGCCUAUAGAUUCUCAAUCUCUUGGUCAAGAAUCUUACCUCGUGGGGAUCUAAAAGGAGGUAUCAACCAGGCUGGUAUUGACUAUUACAACAAUGUGAUCAAUGAGCUUUUGUCCAAAGGAAUCAAGCCUUUUGCCACAAUUUUCCAUUGGGAUACACCACAAGGUCUUGAAGAUGCUUAUGGUGGAUUUCGUGGCGCUGAGAUUGUGAACGAUUUCCGCGAUUAUGCAGAUCUUUGCUUUAAAAAUUUUGGUGAUAGAGUGAAGCAUUGGAUGACAUUGAAUGAGCCGUUGACAGUUGUGCAACAAGGUUAUGCUGUAGGUGUAAUGGCUCCAGGAAGAUGCUCCAAAUUCACAAACCCUAAUUGCACUGGCGGAGAUGGAGCCACCGAGCCUUAUAUCGUUGGUCACAACCUCAUCCUUGCUCAUGGAGCAGCCGUCAAACUCUACAGAGAAAAAUACAAGGCGUCUCAAAAAGGUCAAGUUGGUAUUGCAUUGAACGCGGGUUGGAACUUGCCCUACACGGAAUCACCCGAGGAUAAGUUAGCCGCGGCACGAGCCAUGGCCUUCACAUUCGACUACUUCAUGGAACCGCUAGUGACCGGUAAAUACCCGGUGGACAUGGUCAACAACGUAAAAGGCGGUCGCUUGCCUAGAUUCAACGCAAAACAAUCCAAGAUGCUUAAGGGCUCAUAUGAUUUCAUUGGCAUCAAUUAUUACUCUUCUUCUUACGCCAAGAACGUCCCUUGCUCCACCGAAAACGUCACAUUGUUCUCUGAUCCAUGCGCAAGUGUGACAGGUGAAAGAGAAGGAGUUCCCAUUGGUCCAAAAGCUGCAUCGGAUUGGCUUUUGAUAUAUCCUAAAGGAAUUCGUGAUCUUGUUUUAUAUGCAAAAUACAAGUUCAAGGACCCUGUUAUGUACAUAACCGAAAACGGUAGAGAUGAAGCUAGUAGAACCGGUGAAAUCUUGCUUAAAGAUGGUGAUAGAAUCGAUUACUACGCUCGACAUCUUGAGAUGGUUCGAGAGGCUAUCUCGGUUGGAGCNAAUGUGAAGGGUUUUUUCGCGUGGUCGCUGCUAGAUAACUUUGAAUGGGCAACGGGAUACACGGUCCGGUUCGGGUUGGUUUACGUUGAUUUCAACGAUGGAUGUAAGAGAUAUCCCAAGAAAUCGGCUCAUUGGUUUAGAAAGUUCUUGCAUCAGAAGAAAAGCAAUUGA